AUGCCGCCUUCUUGGAAUCCCAACAGCCGUGGGAAUCGAGAUGGAUGCGUGCGUCCAGGAUCGAGCGGCUUCCGUCAAGAAGUUCGUUCGGUAGCGAAGAUACUGACGUCAUCUCCAUACGCCUCGUCCCCAACAUUGAGUGCACCAAGGUGGUUACGCAUAGCAGUGGAUGUCUCGCUACAACACAACAAAGCCAUCAUCCGCACGAUCAGCGACGCCGAGUUGGGCGUAUGGAAUCGGUCAAACAGCGAGACCGUCCCAGAGACCGGACUUCUGAGGGCAUAUCCGAAGUCGGGUAACAAAGUUCUUACGCCGGGGAAAAGGCCGCCUUGCGAGGCUGUAGUGUUGUUUCGAAGGGGAGCGAUGUGGAGGAGUUGGAUGGGCCAUGAGUGGAUAUGUGCGUGUGGAUGGGAGAGUCUGAUAAUUGCUGGUGUUUUUGAAGGAGCAGUCGAUCUUUCUUGCGAAGUCUCGCUCAGCGGGAGGACCUCUGGACAGUUGACGUCCACGAUAGCACAGUACGCCGUGUUUCUGCUGGAUGGGAACACAAUGCUGCAAUCGCCACGUGCCUUCGUAUCCCUUCCGGUCUCCCAUCAGCAGUGCUUCGUGUCUCAGUCGGAAGGUUCAGCAUGCAGCUUGCCGGUCGGAGAAAGACAACUGCAACACCAACCGAUCGUCAGUGCCUUUGACGCAGAAUCUCCCGUUCUAACCAACCACUCGAUCUAG